CUCGAGCCUCAACGAGGUGAAGAUUUACAGCCUUAGCUGCGGCAAGUCCCUCCCCGAGGUUCAUGUGAAAACAUGCCGAUGUCUACAAACUAUUCCCACGUCCUUUCAUUGAAACUUCAUUGCCUGAAAUACAGUCAGCAAUAUAGUCACAGAGAGUAGCAACUCACUGCAGACAGAGAAGGAAAACUCUGGCCCAUCCCCAGUCUCUUCAAAGUGCCAUCCUGGUGUACACAAUAUCUCAGUGUAUACUUAAGGUGAGAGUGGCUUUCUGACAGGAAGAAAAGAGCCCUGCAGAAGAAGGAUGUCGAUGUCCGUAGGAGAAUUGAACUUAUUCAGGAUUUUGAAAUGCCUACUGUGUGUACCACUAUCAAGGUGUCAAAAGAUGGGCAGUACAUUUUAGCAACAGGAACUUAUAAACCUCGGGUUCGGUGUUAUGAUACCUAUCAGUUAUCCUUGAAGUUUGAAAGGUGCUUGGAUUCAGAAGUUGUCACCUUUGAGAUUUUAUCUGAUGACUAUUCAAAGAUCGUCUUCUUGCAUAACGACAGAUACAUUGAAUUUCAUUCACAAUCAGGUUUUUACUACAAAACCAGAAUCCCUAAGUUCGGCAGAGACUUCUCUUACCACUACCCGUCCUGCGACUUGUACUUCGUUGGUGCAAGCUCUGAAGUGUAUAGAUUAAACUUAGAACAAGGACGGUACCUGAACCCUCUGCAAACGGACGCUGCGGAGAACAAUGUUUGCGACAUAAAUGCGGUGCAUGGCUUGUUCGCCACGGGAACGAUAGAGGGUCGAGUGGAAUGCUGGGACCCAAGAGUGAGAAAGAGAGUCGGCAUGCUGGACUGUGCGUUAAAUAGUGUCACAGCCGACUCAGAGAUAAACAGCUUGCCCACCAUCUCUGCACUGAAGUUUAAUGGCGCCUUGACCAUGGCAGUUGGAACAUCCACAGGGCAGGUAUUGCUGUAUGAUCUUCGCUCAGACAAGCCGCUGCUAGUCAAGGAUCACCAGUACGGGCUGCCCAUUAAGUCGGUUCAUUUCCAGGACUCAUUAGAUCUGGUCUUAUCUGCAGACUCCAGAAUUGUCAAAAUGUGGAACAAGAACUCGGGGAAAAUAUUUACUUCAUUGGAGCCAGAACAUGACCUGAAUGAUGUUUGCCUCUAUCCCAACUCAGGGAUGCUUCUUACGGCCAAUGAGUCCCCCAAGAUGGGCAUCUACUACAUUCCGGUCUUGGGGCCUGCUCCCAGAUGGUGUUCGUUCCUGGACAACUUGACCGAAGAACUAGAAGAGAAUCCAGAGAGCACAGUGUAUGAUGACUACAAAUUUGUCACCAAGAAAGACCUUGAAAAUUUAGGGCUCACACAUCUCAUCGGAUCACCUUUCCUCCGGGCAUAUAUGCAUGGGUUCUUCAUGGAUAUCAGACUCUACCACAAGGUGAAGUUGAUGGUAAAUCCAUUUGCUUAUGAAGAGUACAGGAAAGAUAAAAUUCGACAGAAGAUCGAAGAGACGCGCGCACAGAGAGUCCAGUUAAAGAAACUGCCCAAAGUUAACAAAGAACUCGCACUCAAAUUAAUUGAAGAGGAAGAGGAGAAGCAGAAGUCUACACUGAAAAGGAAAGUGAAGAGCCUCCCGAACAUCCUCACAGAUGACCGAUUUAAAGUGAUGUUCGAGAACCCCGACUUCCAGGUGGAUGAGGAAAGUGAGGAGUUCCGGCUUCUCAACCCGCUCGUCUCGAGGAUCAGUGAGAAGCGGAAGAAGAAGCUGAGACUCCUGGAGCAGCAGGAGCUGCCCAAGACCGAAGAGGAGGAAGAACGGGAAGGGAAGCCCAGCGAUGCGGAAAGUUCGGAGAGCUCGGAUGAUGAGAAGGCCUGGGUGGAGGAGGUCAGGAAGCAGCGUCGCCUUCUGCAGCAGGAGGAAAGAGUGAAGCGGCUGGAGCAGCUGAGGGAGGACCAGCAGACGGUCCUGAAGCCCCAGUUCUAUGAGAUCAAGGCGGGAGAGGAGUUCAGGAGCUUCCGCGAGUCGGCCACCAAGCAGAGACUGAUGAACAAAACUCUUGAAGACCGUUUGAAACUUGAAGCAAAGCACGGGACAUUGAAUGUAUCAGACACCACUGUUGGCAGCAAGCAGUUGACAUUUACGCUCAAGAGGUCUGAACAGCAGAAGAAGCAGCAGGAGGCUGAGAAACUGCAUCGCCAGGAGAGGAAGAAGCUGCGUAGGUCCGCUGGCCACCUGAGGUCCAGACCCAGAAGAGGCCAGCCCUUUCACUGACCGGGGAACUGCCUGUGUGACCAGAAAGCAACACUUCUUCCCGUGGAGUCUCACAGAGGAGUCAGACCCAGGCGAGGGAACUGAGUGGUCAUGGUGUGCUGACCUGGCCCCCACCGGCCUGAGCGGUCCUGGGUGCUUUUUCUAAGUUGUUACCCCCUUAAAUACUGUCGUCUCUGGAGGUAAUGGGGAAAGCAGGCGCCGUUUCUAAUAUUGAAUAGUCUACAUGAAAUGAAAAGUUUCUGCUGAAAAAGGGUUGUAGGAAUGUCUUGUUUGGUUUGGUUUUUCGAGACAGGGUUUCUCUGUGUACCCCUGACU